AUGAGGAGGGUUAGGGCUGUGGUGGGGCUGCUAUCUUUGUGGUGCCAUGAGGAUACCUAUCUCAGGUCCUUUGCUCAAUCUCUGCUGAAGUUCUUAGGCUUCAUCUUCUGGGGUACUGCUGCAGCUCAGGCCUUUGGUGGAGUUUUGGUGAUCCUGCUGUUCAGGAACUACAGAUACUUAUUUCCGGAGUCUUACUUGUCUCUCCCUGGUUGGUUGGCUCUUGCAACUGCACUUACAUUGCUGCCUACUGGAGUUCUGGCUGUCUCUAUUUCUGUUAAGUGUUCCCGCAAUAAGCAAGGGACUCUCAUGUAUUUGCUGCUGCUCCUUCUUUGCCUGGAAAUGUCUUCAGCAGUUCUGGCACAUUCCUACUGUAUUAGGACAUCUUCUCAGCUGGAAAGUGCUAUGGGUUACCUUGUUUACCAGCACAAUUGGACGUGUUCCCAGGAUCCUGGAAGCAGUGCUGUGGAUGUAAUGCAGAGGAAGCUGCGGUGUUGUGGGGUCCACAACUACACAGACUGGCUAAAGGCAUCAUCUUCUUCUUGGUAUCAUCCAGCUUGUGUCCCUGAAAGCUGCUGUAAGGAGAAGCAUCCUCACUGUAAGGGAGACUUAGACCAUGUAGAGCAGCUUUCUCCAGAAGGCUGUCUAAAGAAGCUGGAAGACCAGUUGUGUUUCGCCAUGAUGUACGUAUUUGGGUGUUGUACUCUGCUAAGCAUCUUGGAGUUCUUGGCUGGUGUCAGCAACGGCAUCCUCAUGAGACAUCAGCCAUUCCAUGACCUCAAUAUUCUGGACUCGUUUACCUUCUCACAGGUCUAUAGGUACUAG